GUUAUAUAUAAAUCUUGUCUCUGUGUUCUAUCUCACUCUCAGAUUCCCUUUGAAUAUAUUCUUAAUUUGAUUCAUAUCUAUGUAUGAACCUCAUUAGUCAAACUCACAUUUCCUGAAUCCUUACUUCAAAAAUCUUAUAUUUUUUUCAUCUGGAGUGGUUUGCUUAUGGCACGAAACCACAAACACUUCUAUAACCUGGGAGCUCAGGCUCUAGCACCCAUCAAAAACCAAGAAAUCUUGACAAAUCAAGUGCCUGCAACGCAAAAUUCAGAUUCAGCUUUUCCUAUUCUAGCAAUUGCUGUUCUAAGUAUCAUGGGCACAGCUUUCUUGCUAAUUAGCUAUUACAUGUUUGUGACUAAAUGCUGCAAUAACUGGCAACGACUUAAUCUUCUGAGGCGAUUUUCUAUUUUGCGAGCUAGACAGAAUGAAGAACCAUUUAUAGCCUUCUCUCCAACAAUGUGGAACCGUGGACUCGAUGAUUCAGUCAUUCGCGAUAUCCCAACUUGUCAAUUCAGAAGAGAAGAAGGUGAGGAGAUAAAUAUCUAUGGAUGUGUGGUUUGUUUGAAUGAAUUUCAAGAACAAGAUAUGCUAAGAGUUCUUCCAAACUGUGGCCAUGCUUUCCACUUAGAUUGUAUUGACAUAUGGCUUCAAAGCAAUGGCAAUUGCCCUCUUUGCAGGACAAGCAUUUCAGGCACAACUCGAUGUCCCUUCGAUCAAAUAAUUGCACCAAGAUCUUCACCUCAAGGCUCACAGCAAUAUACUGAUAGCCUCAUGGGUGGUGAUGAGGAUUUUGUGGUAAUUGAAUUAGGAGAAGAUGAAGAUGUUUUGUUCCCUCAUAGGCGACAAGAAAGAGAGAAUUCAAGUGAGGUUUUUGUUCAGCCAAGAGGUCGUUCACCAAAGAGGUCAGAGCAGAAGCUUAAGAACUUAAAACCAAAAAAAGGCCACCAUAAAUCAAUUAUGGGGGAUGAGUGCAUUGAUAUACGAGAGAAAGAUGAUCGGUUCCCUAUCCAACCUAUUAGGAGAUCCUUCUCACUAGAUUCUGCGGCGGAUCGACAGCUUUACUUAACUGUUCAAGCAAUUGUUCAACAAAAUGGGCAUCAUAGAGAGGUUAAUACUAAUGAAGAAUGUAGCACCAGAUCCCAGAGAGCCUUUCUCCCAUUUAGACAUGGCAGGGGAUCAAGAAAUGCUGUUCUACCUGUUGAAUUUUAGCUAUAGUGUGAUAAAGUUUAAUUUGAAUAUCAAUUGUCAAUUUUCUUUUGAUUCUUGGUUCUUGGUUCUGAGAUUGAGUUGGUAGAAACUUUAGGAUGCCAGUGAGUAGUUAGAUGAGUACAGAGUGACUUUGGAUUGAUCUUUUACAUAGUCAGAAAAGUUUUUAAAAAAAAAGCCAAUGUGGUUCUUAGUGAAAUGUGGGGAUU